UGCAACAAGUGCUUCUGGAACUAUGCCAAAUCUCGCCUGCAUUCUCUGGUGCGCUUGUGCGGGGGCUGGCGCCUCACUCAACCUGCGCUCAAACGAUAAUGAACCAGCUUCGGAUUAACCAUGAACGAUCGCAUGCUGGCGCUCGAAAUCCCAACGAUAGCGAUGACGCCUAUGAAAAAAUGAAAAAGAAGCUAGCGAGGCCGAAUCCUCCCAGUCUAUACAGCAACAGACCUUCAGAGCCAGCCAUUGAGAGCCGGGGAGGUCAGCCCAGACAAGAGUCGUAUGCCUCUCAGACAAUAUCGCAGGUCAAACACGAGCCAGGCACGCCUUCCACGCCUAGCUCUGACGGAGAAUUGCGCCGUCCUGGCCCAUCUUCACAAAAGGUAAGGCGUCCGAUGGCUUCCUCGACACCGUCGUAUAUUCGGCCUGAAGGUUCAUCCGCACUCGAUCGCAAACCAAACAUAUCUGUCAAAGCAGAACCAACAUCUGCAAGCUCGGCCAAGAUCUGUACCAGAUGCCAUGAACCAUUCUUGAAUUCUUCUGCGCCCUGUUUAUACCAUCCUGGCAGAACGGUAAAACAAGAAGACAGAUCUGUAGUCUGGAGCUGUUGCGAAGAGGACAUACUAUCUGCCGGUUGCGAUUUUAGGCCACGGCAUACCGCCAUUGAUGACGAUAUCGAAGACACAGUCAUGCAGCGUAAAAGGCCAAGCGUAUCUCCAGCUCCAGAAAGUGCGCGUCUAAAAAAGCCAAGGGCAUUGUAGGAAUAAAUCGGGUCGCCUGAAAUCGCUUGUAUUACUCCUUUUAAUUCGGGCUAGAAGUAAUGACUACUCGAGCUCUUCUGUAUUUGAAUUCUUCACCGGAAGACUU